AUGCUCAGAACUCACAACACGUGUACUAUCCCUUUCCAAGGGCAUAAAAGAGCAGCAAAAAAACGACCUUAGCAAUGAUCCAGGCUCCUGAAAAGAGAGGCUUUAGGGACUGCUGGAGAAGUGAAGACCAGUGUAUCUACCAGUAAAGAAACAAAAGAGCCUGUGAUAGAUAGUAUGGAAAGAAUCUGACAUUUGCUUUGUCUAUACAAAGGAUGAAAGGAAUUUUGCCGAUUUAGUAAAAACAAUGACUGGUUUCAUGUCAUUUUGAGCCUAAAGACAGGCAUAAUAGUAUGUUUUAUUUUUAUUUCUGAACAAUUGUCUUAAAAAAGUGUGCGGAGUGGUUUUAUUUUUGAAAAGGAAAACGUGACACGGUUUUUAUAAGCUUGGUAGCUAUAGGUGGAGACUCUUGUUUUGUUUGCCAAACCUUUUUAAUGAGCAGUGAAGUCAGGAUAUCCAAGAUUGAAUUUUUUUUUUUCUGGGACCUUUAUUCUUUUUUUGGUGCUUUAGAUAAUUUCAGCCAAAGAAGUACGUGUGGAAAAGAAAAAAAAGACGUAUUUUCCCUAGUCUGGCGUGAUCUUUCUGUAUCUCCCAUGAAGAAAGAGGCAGUGGUUGUCCUGAUGCUGCCUGGGUUAGCAGAGCGGUAGGUUACUGGGCACAGCCUGCUGUGCUGAAUGGACUGUUUACCUCUUUAUUCAGCAGUAAGUAGGCGCUAGUAGUUGCCUUCCUAGGGAGUGGUCUUUUUUUGUCUGUAUCUGCUAUGGAUGAUUCCAGUAUUCUGAGAAGAAGAGGGUUACAGAAAGAGUUGAGCCUUCCAAGGAGAGGCAGCUUCUGUCGGACAAGUAACCGCAAGAGCUUAAUUGUGACUUCUAGCACAUCACCUACACUGCCCCGGCCACACUCCCCACUCCAUGGCCACACAGGUAACAGUCCUUUGGACAGCCCUCGGAAUUUCUCUCCAAAUGCACCUGCUCACUUUUCCUUUGUUCCUGCCCGUAGCCAUGGCCACAGAGCAGACAGGACUGAUGGACGGCGCUGGUCUUUGGCCUCUUUGCCUUCUUCGGGCUAUGGAACCAACACUCCUAGCUCCACUGUCUCCUCGUCAUGUUCUUCACAGGAAAAGCUACAUCAGUUGCCUUUCCAGCCAACAGCUGAUGAGCUGCACUUUCUGACAAAGCAUUUCAGCACAGAGAGUGCGCCAGAUGAGGAGGGACGUCAGUCCCCAUCCAUGCGGCCCCGCUCCCGCAGCCUCAGCCCUGGACGGUCCCCAGUUUCUUUUGACAGUGAAAUAAUAAUGAUGAAUCAUGUGUACAAAGAAAGAUUCCCUAAGGCCACUGCACAAAUGGAAGAGCGACUAGCAGAGUUUAUUUCCUGUAACACUCCAGACAGUGUGUUGCCCUUGGCAGAUGGAGCCCUGAGCUUUAUUCAUCACCAGGUGUUUGAGAUGGCCCGAGACUGCCUGGAUAAAUCUCGGAGUGGCCUCAUUACAUCACACUACUUCUAUGAACUUCAAGAGAACUUGGAGAAACUUCUACAAGAUGCUCAUGAACGCUCAGAGAGCUCAGAGGUUGCUUUUGUGAUGCAGCUGGUAAAAAAGUUGAUGAUUGUCAUUGCCCGCCCAGCUCGUCUCCUGGAAUGCCUGGAGUUUGAUCCCGAAGAGUUCUACCACCUGUUGGAAGCAGCUGAGGGCCAUGCCAAGGAAGGACAUGGAAUUAAAUGUGAUAUUCCCCGCUACAUCAUUAGCCAGUUGGGCCUCACAAGGGAUCCCCUAGAGGAAAUGGCCCAGUUGAGCAGCUGUGAUAGUCCUGACACCCCAGAGACAGAUGACUCAGUUGAGGGCCGUGGGACAUCUUUGCCAUCUAAAAAGACCCCUUCUGAAGAGGAUUUUGAAACCAUUAAGCUCAUCAGCAAUGGCGCCUAUGGGGCUGUCUUCCUGGUGCGGCACAAGUCUACACGGCAGCGCUUUGCCAUGAAGAAGAUCAACAAGCAGAACCUGAUCCUACGGAACCAGAUCCAACAGGCAUUUGUGGAGCGUGACAUACUGACUUUUGCUGAAAACCCGUUUGUGGUCAGCAUGUUCUGCUCCUUUGAGACCAAGCGUCACUUAUGCAUGGUGAUGGAGUAUGUUGAAGGAGGAGACUGUGCCACUUUGUUGAAGAACAUUGGAGCCCUGCCUGUGGACAUGGUGCGUCUAUACUUUGCAGAAACCGUGCUGGCCCUGGAAUACUUACACAACUAUGGCAUCGUGCACCGGGACCUCAAGCCUGACAACCUCCUGAUAACAUCCAUGGGGCACAUCAAACUUACUGACUUUGGACUUUCAAAAAUUGGCCUCAUGAGUUUGACAACCAACUUGUAUGAGGGCCACAUUGAAAAGGAUGCCCGGGAGUUCCUAGACAAGCAGGUAUGCGGGACCCCGGAGUACAUAGCACCUGAGGUGAUCCUGCGUCAGGGAUAUGGGAAGCCAGUGGACUGGUGGGCCAUGGGCAUAAUCCUGUAUGAGUUCCUGGUGGGUUGCGUCCCUUUCUUUGGAGACACUCCGGAGGAGCUCUUUGGGCAAGUGAUCAGUGAUGAGAUUGUGUGGCCUGAGGGUGAUGAUGCACUGCCCCCAGAUGCCCAGGAUCUCACCUCCAAACUGCUCCACCAGAACCCUCUGAAGAGGCUUGGCACAAGUAGUGCCUAUGAAGUAAAGCAGCACCCAUUCUUCACGGGUCUGGACUGGACAGGACUUCUUCGUCAGAAGACUGAAUUUAUUCCUCAACUGGAGUCCGAAGAUGAUACCAGCUACUUUGAUACCCGUUCAGAGCGAUACCACCACGUGGACUCCGAGGAUGAGGAUGAAGUUAGUGAGGAUGGCUGCCUUGAGAUCCGCCAGUUUUCUUCUUGCUCUCCAAGGUUCAGCAAGGUGUACAGUAGCAUGGAGCGGCUGUCAUUGCUUGAGGAACGCCAGACACUGCCUCCCACAAAGCGCAGCCUGAGUGAGGAGAAGGAGGAUCGCUCAGAUGGCCUACUGAAGGGCCGAGACCAGAGCUGGGUGAUUGGCUCUCCUGAGAUAUUACGGAAGCGGCUGUCAGUGUCUGAGUCAUCCCACACAGAGAGUGACUCAAGCCCUCCAAUGACAGUGCGACACCGUUGUUCUGGGCUCUUGGAUAUGCCUCGCUGUUCUGAGGAGGCCAGCAGCACCCCCAGGAGGCAACAGCAGGAGGGCAUAUGGCUCCUGGCGCCCAUAUCUGGAGAGGGACCAUCUGGACCUGUUACUGAACGGCCAGUGGAGCGACGGCUGAAGCUGGAUGAGGAGCCUGCUGGCCAAAGCAAUGGUUCAAGUCCAGCCAUAGAGAUCCGAGGUUGUGGAACUGUGCAGCUGGCUGAAGAAGCCACAGCCAAGGCCAUCAGUGACCUAGCUGUGCGUAGAGCCCGUCACCGGCUACUCUCUGGGGACUCUAUAGAGAAGCGCACCACUCGCCCUGUCAACAAAGUGAUCAAGUCUGCCUCAGCUACAGCCCUUUCCCUCCUCAUUCCUACAGAGCACCACAGCUGCUCUCCACUGGCCAGCCCCAUGUCCCCGCACUCCCAAUCAUCCAAUCCGUCAUCCAGAGACUCUUCUCCAAGCAGAGACUUUUUGCCAGCCCUUGGCAGCUUGAGGCCUCCCAUCAUCAUUCACCGAGCUGGCAAGAAGUAUGGCUUCACCCUGAGGGCCAUCCGUGUCUACAUGGGUGACUCAGAUGUCUACACUGUGCACCACAUGGUGUGGCAUGUGGAAGAUGGCGGUCCAGCCAGUGAAGCAGGGCUUCGUCAGGGUGACCUCAUCACGCAUGUCAACGGGGAGCCUGUCCAGGGACUGGUCCAUACAGAGGUGGUAGAACUGAUCCUGAAGAGUGGAAACAAGGUAUCUAUUUCAACAACUCCCCUGGAGAACACGUCCAUUAAAGUGGGGCCAGCUCGGAAAGGCAGCUAUAAGGCCAAGAUGGCCCGAAGAAGCAAACGGAGUCGGGGAAAGGAUGGGCAAGAAAGCAGGAAAAGAAGUUCCCUGUUCCGGAAGAUUACUAAGCAGGCCUCCCUGCUACACACCAGUCGCAGCCUUUCUUCUCUUAACCGCUCCUUGUCGUCAGGGGAGAGUGGAGCAGGCUCUCCCACUCACAGCCACAGCCUUUCUCCCAGAUCUCCCCCUCAGGGUUACCGGGUAGCCUCUGAUACAAUGCACUCAGUGGGAGGGAAUUCAUCGCAGAGCAGCUCUCCCAGCUCCAGCGUGCCCAGUUCCCCAGCUGGCUCUGGGCACACACGGCCCAGCUCCCUACAUGGUCUGGCACCCAAGCUCCAACGCCAGUAUCGCUCUCCACGGCGCAAGUCAGCAGGCAGCAUCCCACUGUCACCGUUGGCCCACACGCCUUCACCACCACCAGCAGCUUCACCUCAGCGCUCCCCAUCACCUCUGUCUGGCCAUGGAGCCCAGGCCUUUCCCACCAAACUUCACUCUUCUCCUCCACUAGGCCGGCAACUCUCACGUCCAAAGAGUGCAGAGCCACCACGCUCACCACUACUUAAGAGGGUGCAGUCAGCAGAAAAACUGGCAGCUGCCCUGGCAGCUUCUGAGAAAAAGUUAGCCCCUUCUCGCAAGCAUAGUCUCGACCUGCCCCACUGUGAGCUAAAGAAGGAAAUGCCCCCCAGGGAAGUGAGCCCUCUGGAGGUAGUUGGAACAAGAGGUGUGCUGCCUGGGAAAGGGGUGCUGCAGCCUGCUCCUUCACGGGCCCUAGGGACCCUCCGGCAGGACAGAGCAGAACGGCGAGAGUCUCUGCAAAAACAAGAAGCUAUCCGGGAAGUAGAUUCCUCAGAGGAUGACACUGAUGAGGAGCCUGAGAACAGCCAGGGUGCACAGGAGCCAAGGUCGGUGCCCCAUACAGAAGUGGGCCAGAAUCCACCCCCCAGAGGUGCAGGUGAGGGUAGGGAAGAGGACACUGUUUUGUCCAGAGACCUAAAGAACCAGAGUUCAGUGCUCCCAGCCCUACUGACAGAAGUUACAUUGGGUUCUCCCAGAAUUGAAGGUCCUGUUGUCUCCCAGAGGAGGCUCGGGUGCUCACAAGCUUUUGAGGAAGCUACCACCUCCUUACCAGCUCCCAGCCUGAGUAAGUGCGGACCCACAAAUCCUAUCCUUCCUGAAGGCUGCUGGAAGGCACAGCACACCUACCCCCAGGCACUAGCAGCACUUUGUCCCAGCUCUUCAGAAUUUAUCCCCACCAGUUGCUCUGCUGCCACCUCUACUUCUAGGAGGCCAGGGACAUGGUCCUGGAAAUUCCUUAUUGAAGGCCCAGACAUGACAUCCCCAAACAGAAAGGUAAUAAUGACAAGUGGACUAGCCAACUCCCAAGAUUUGCAAACCACAGCUCCAGCCCACCAUAAGAACCCGUCUCCCAAGCAGGAGAAGUCACAGCCACUCAGUGACACUGGGCUGACCCAGGCACUCUGUGAGGUCUCCAGCCAAAGUUUGCAAUGGGAGCCUGAAGGUGCACUAGUAAAGAAAGGAGAGCCAGCCCUGAGCAUCACUGAAGUGCCUGAUGCCUCAGGUGACAGAAGACAGGAUGCCCCAUGCAGAGCCUACCCCCUCGCCCAGGACACUGGGCAUAGCCUGCUCUGGAGGGGCCAAGAACAAGGGAGCCAGAAAAAGCAUCAGGACUUGGCCUUAGUAUCAGAUGAGCUUUUAAAGCAAACCUAGCAGUUGUUUGCCUUUUUGCACUCAGACCUGUGUAAUACACCCUUCUGGAAGCCA